AGCGCUUGUACGAAGGUCGAAGGAAGAUGAGGUGCCACACGAGUGGGGUCAAAGUUACGUAAUUAUCGCCACUUGGCUCGCAAGACUUGACCGGUGCCAAUCCCCUUUCAUCUCGACAGUGAACUGCUAUUUCGUCAGCUAGCAUAGAUUACCGUGUACGCAUCACGACUGCCGUCACACGUCUCAUUUACGAUGGCGAUCUCAUUCACGUCUGAUCAGCAGACUCAACUGCAGUCCGAAGUCCAAGCUGAACUUGAGCGCCGAGAAUGGGCUGAACCAGAUGACAAUGUUAUGGCGGAAUAUAUCACCGUCUUAUUGGCGAAUGGGAACUCCCGAGAAAAGGUGCAUACGGAGAUGAAUGAUCUCGUUGGAUCAGAUUUCGAUGAACGGUUCCUUGAAUGGUUGUUCGACACGGCGGCGGACAUCACCCGGACUCCAGGGUCCAGACCUUCUCCCAGUCCUGUUCCGGAUCGUCAGAGGCGUGAACCGGCCUCGGCCAAUGGUGUAACGGGAGAACGACGUGCUGCUGGCGACCCGAGUCAUGAACGACGAAAUCGAUUACUCGACAGUGCCCUCGGAGAUUUACAUCAGGGCGAAAAACGCAAAUCUGGAGCUGAUGGACGGGACGACCGAGAUGGAGCUGGAGCUGGAAAUAAGAGACGUAUAUCUGAUCAUGGUGCGCCUUCUGGACCCCGAUCCAUGGGAGGGAGGAAUCUGGCAGAUCGGAUCGGAGGUCGUGGACCACCAGGCGGAGGCGGACAACGAGGCAUGCCAAUCAGAGGGAUGGGUAGAGGGGGCAUGAAUGGAAAUGGGAUGGGAAUGAGUGGCAAUAUGCCCAUGGCUCCAAUGGGCGGUUUCCAACCGGGCAUGAUGCAACCUGGACCCAAUGCCGGAUUUGGAUUCUUCCCGAUGCAAGGUCAAAACGAGAUGAUGGCUCAGAUGAUGAUGAUGCAAGCAAACAUGCAACAGAUGGGAGAAAUGAUGGCGAAAAUGGCCGAGGAACGAGCAGUCGGCCCGCAAGCUUCAGUCCGGCCUCCCAGACCUCCUGCUCCGGCAAAGAUUCCCCCCGGAACCAAACUCGGUGCUCAUUCCGUCUCCAUUGUCCCUCCCAAACGAUCUUCUUCACCGGGACCGAUCCCGGAUAAACCAAGUUCAGCAGCCUUGUGCAAAUUUGGUGUCGGUUGCAGUAAUUCUCGCUGUCACUUUUCUCAUCCUUCACCCGUGGCGGAUGAGAAAACCGGCAUGGUCCUCAGUGAAGAAGCUUGUGAGGCUGGGAAGAAUUGUAAAGACCCGGAAUGUACAAUGAGUCACGUCAGCCCGGCCGCCAUAUUAGGUAACUCUGCUGGACCCAGCCGAAUGCUGUGUAAAUACCAAAACUGCACCAACCCGUCCUGCGCGUUCCGACAUGAAGACGCCGAAGGAAAUCCCGUUCCUCCACCUGCUCUCACCGCUAUGAAAUCCACCAAAGGGCGCCCUACCAAAGUGGAGCCGGCAAAGACGACCGGCGCUACGUCCGACGGGGAGGAUGGUGAAGGAGAUGCGGAGGACGUCGAAGUGGUCGUUUCGAGCAAAAAUUUAAUGGACGGCGCGUUGGACGAUACGAAGGCAGAGAAGGUCUGCAGAUACGGAGAGAGGUGUACGAGGGCCGACUGUUUCUUCAAACACCCUCCUUCACGACCUUCACCUCGCGGAGCGAAAGGAUAUCGACCUCCUGGACGACUGGCACCUGGGGGAAUGAAUAUGAGUAAAAAAUUUGGUGCUAAGCCUAGUGGAAAAUUGGAUCCGUCUGCAGGAGAAUUCAAGCCCACUGAAGUGGCCAGUUGAAGCGUCAGCAGUACGAGUUGACAGUAUGAAGAGCAAAAGUCGUCGCAUCCAGACAGAUGUAUGC